ACUCGCUGCCACAGGCCUCAGACGCAGCAGGAGUGAGCUGUGGGCACAGCUGUGGGGCAGCCAGGCGCGUGAGGCCUCACAUGUCUGGGAGAUGCAGGCUGCCUGGGCUGGUGGCCCCUGAGCCACAUGGCCUCCCUGGGCCCCAGGACACCGGCCCUGAGCAGGUCACGAGGACGGAGGGCCAUGUGUUGGGUCAGCACCAUCAGCUUCAUGGCGGCUGAAGAGACGCAUUGGCCUGUCCCUAUGAAGGCCAUUGGUGCCCAGAAUCUGCUAACCAUGCCUGGGGGCGUGGCCAAGGCUGGCUACCUGCACAAGAAGGGCGGUACCCAGCUGCAGCUGCUGAAAUGGCCCCUGCGCUUUGUCAUCAUCCACAAACGCUGCGUCUACUACUUUAAGAGUAGCACCUCCGCCUCCCCGCAGGGCGCCUUCUCCCUGAGUGGCUAUAACCGGGUGAUGCGGGCAGCGGAGGAGACCACGUCCAACAACGUUUUCCCCUUCAAGAUCAUCCACAUCAGCAAGAAGCACCGCACGUGGUUCUUCUCGGCCUCCUCCGAGGACGAGCGCAAGAGCUGGAUGGCCUUGCUGCGCAGGGAGAUUGGCCACUUCCACGAAAAGAAAGACCUGCCCUUGGACACCAGCGACUCCAGCUCGGACACAGACAGCUUCUACGGCGCAGUCGAGCGGCCUGUGGAUAUCAGCCUCUCCCCGUACCCCACGGACAAUGAAGACUAUGAGCACGACGACGAGGAUGACUCCUACAUGGAGCCCGACUCCCCGGAGCCCGGAAGGCUUGAGGAUGCCCUGAUGCACCCACCGGCUUACCCACCACCCCCAGUGCCCACGCCCAGGAAGCCAGCCUUCUCCGACAUGCCCCGGGCCCACUCCUUUACCUCCAAGGGCCCCGGUCCCCUGCUGCCACCCCCGCCCCCUAAGCACGGCCUCCCAGAUGUUGGCCUGGCUGCCGAGGACUCCAAGAGGGACCCCCUGUGCCCGAGGCGGGCUGAGCCUUGCCCCAGGGUACCUGCUACCCCCCGAAGGAUGAGUGAUCCCCCUCUGAGCACCAUGCCCACCGCACCCGGCCUACGGAAACCCCCUUGCUUCCGGGAGAGUGCCAGCCCCAGCCCCAGCCCGGAGCCCUGGACCCCUGGCCACGGGGCCUGCUCCACUUCCAGUGCUGCCAUCAUGGCCACUGCCACCUCCAGAAACUGUGACAAACUCAAGUCCUUCCACCUGUCCCCCCGAGGACCGCCCACAUCUCAGCCCCCACCUGUGCCAGCCAACAAGCCCAAGUUCCUGAAGACAGCUGAAGAGGACCCCCCAAGGGAGGCAGCCAUGCCUGGACUCUUUGUGUCCCCCGUGGCUCCCCGGCCUCCUGCGCUGAAGCUGCCAGUGCCUGAGGCCACGGCGCGGCCCGCAGUCCUGCCCAGGCCAGAGAAGCCGCAGCUCCCCCACCUCCAGCGAUCACCCCCUGAUGGGCAGAGUUUCAGGAGCUUCUCCUUUGAAAAGCCCCGGCAACCCUUGCCGGCUGACACUGGUGGGGACGACUCGGACGAGGACUAUGAGAAGGUGCCACUCCCCAACUCGGUCUUCAUCAACACCACGGAGUCCUGCGAAGUGGAAAGGCUGUUCAAGGCUACAAGCCCCCGGGGAGAGCCCCAGGAUGGACUCUACUGCAUCCGGAACUCCUCUACCAAGUCAGGGAAGGUCCUGGUUGUGUGGGAUGAAACCUCUAACAAAGUGAGGAACUAUCGCAUUUUUGAGAAGGAUUCUAAGUUCUACCUGGAGGGCGAGGUCCUGUUUGUGAGUGUGGGCAGCAUGGUGGAGCACUACCACACCCACGUGCUGCCCAGCCACCAGAGCCUGCUGCUGCGGCACCCCUACGGCUACACCGGGCCUAGGUGAUGCCAGCCCGUGUGGCUGCCAGGCCAAGGCAGUCACAGGGGCCCUGACCCCAGGCCACACAGAUGGACACGGGCCCACAUGGGAGGGUGAGCAGGAGCAAGGCCGUGCUUGCCUAGGGCCUCAGUGAUGGACGUCUCGUAGGACCCAGCCAGUCUCAUCCAGCAGGCUGAUGAGGGCUGGACCAGGCUCCAGGCUCCAGAGGACGAGGGGACUCUGUUGCCCCACACUAACUUGCCCUGUCCCAAUCUCAGAAACUCAGGACCGAGCCGUGCCUGGGCUCCGAGGACAGGAACACUGGUUCCCCUCAUCACACUCACCCCAGGCAGGGCCAGGGCAGCUGGGUGGGGGCCGGGGCUGGCCCUGGGACCCUCAGGAACGCUAAGACACAGGCUCCAGUAGGGGCUGUUGCCUCCAAUAAAGCAGCAGUGAGCUUUGCCUUGGUGGCUGGGGCUCGAUUGGGAAGGAGGGGAUUACCAGCUUACUGGGUGCCUAUGCUGAUGUCCAAGUGGUGACCGCAGCAGUACCCAGGAACCCCAACAGUUGGUUGUCUUGUCUUCCAGGGUGCAGGUCACUGAGUGACUUCCCCAGGGUGCACAGUGAGUAACAGAUCAGGACCCAAACUUGGGCAGUCUGGGCUGGGAGCCCACACCCCACGCACCAGUUCUGCUGCCUCAGGUCAGGCCAGGGCAGUGCCGCUGCAGAGCUAGAAGCUCUGCUUCUAGCUAGAAGCAGCUGCUUCAUUCCCUGCAUUAGUGCCUGGUUACUGGGUACCUCCUGAGUGGCUGUCCCCGUUCAGAACUUGCAUACACUGAGUGGGCUACAGAGCUAGAAGGCCCUGCAGCUACAGCUGCUUCAUUCCUUGCAUUAGUGAGCAGUUAUUGGGUACCUCCUGCAUGCCUGGUCCCAUUCCAUACAGGGGCCUCUGGCCUGGCUGAGUUCACAGCCCAGUCUGGGGACAGCUGGGUAUGAGGUGCUUACGGCAUAGUGUCCAGGGCAGCUGGGUGUGUGCAGGGACUGGGGGCUCCAGGAAGAUUUUUUGGAGGAAGUGACAGCUAUGAUAGGACAGGAACAGUGGACCCUAAGCAGGCCAAGUGUGGGUAGGGACGGUGGUACCCAGAUGCCCAAGUAUUCCAGGCAAUACCUGGCUGAGGCCCAGCCCCAAUCCAUCCCCUUACUUUCUGCCAUGGAGUUCCAGCAGGUCACUCUCCCUGGCACAUCUUCCAGGCUGGAUUUUUAAUGAAACAGACUCGGGGAGGUAGGGGCUGGCAGGGACCCUAGGAUCCUUGUGAUUUUUCUUAUAACUUUAUGUCAGGGAAACCUAAACUGAGGCCAGCACUUGUGCCCACUGACAGUGACUGACUGGGGGAGAAGGUCCUGCGGCCCCCUUCCCCCGGGUGUGUUCUGGGGGCCUGUGGUUUGCUGACGGAAACAAGUGAUGAGGCUGGUUAGCGGAUGUGGGAGGCUGUGGCCCUAGGGGGCCAUAGGGUGCGGUGGAACUGCAGGCUCUGCAGAUGACGGCAGCCAGCUGCUUCCAGGAACCAGAUGUCCAAGGCCACCUCUGCAGGGGUUUCCUCUUCAGCCUGCCUGGGGUGAGAGGUCGGUGCACCACAGGCGAGGCUGGAGCACAGGGAGCUUCUGUUGUUCUGAUCUAUCUCUGGAAAACCAGCCAUUCCUCCUCCCUGCGGUCAGAAUUCUUUGCCCUGUCUGACCUGAACUCGCUUAGGGAGUCAUGCCACUCCCCACUGUGGCCAUAGUUUCUCUUCCUGUAAAAUUUUAUUUUAUUAUUUUAGUUUUUUGUUUUUGAGAUGUAGUCUCACCCUGUCGCCCAGGCUGGAGUGCAAUGGCGUGAUCUCCGCUCACUGCCACCUCCGCCUCCCCGGUUCAAGCGAUUUUCCUGCCUCAACCUCCCAAGUAGCUGGAAUUCCAGGCGCCCACCACCAUGCCCGGCUAAUUUUUUGUAUUUUUGGUAGAGACGGGGUUUUAUCAUGUUGGCCAGGCUGGUCUCGAACUCCUGACCUCAGGUGAUCUGCCCACCUCAGCCUCCCAAAGUGCUGGGAUUACAGGCAUGAGCCACUGUGCCCAGCCACUUCCUGUAAAAUUUUUAAAUGGAGAAUUGGGUACGAGAUGUGGUUUCCAGCCUGGUGCCUGGGUUGCUGAGCUAGUGAGUGGUGCACUCCAGGACACCUUUGCUUUAUCUCACUUACACGGUCACCUGGAGCCGGCUCAAGUGGCUAAAGCAUCCUGGGGCCUAGAGCCAGGUGAUAGGUCCCUCUGGCCAACUGGACAGCUGAGGCCUAUGGUUACCUGAAGCCCAGCUGGGGUCCUGGUCCAGCCUCGCCUCCCAGACUCUGCACCUGCUAGCACAGCUGUCCACCUCUGUGUGAGCUGCUCUAGGCCGAGGGCCUCAGUUUCAAGAGUGUGUUGGGGUGGGGUAGGGGGCAGGCCAUGGUCCUCCAGCAUGAAGAAGGAGCCAUGAGGGGUUCCCACGACUUCCCGAGACUUGCCAUAAAUGUUCUAGUCCACAUAUAAGGGUAGGGUUGGGAUUACCAUUUACUGAGCACAUCUGUGAGGUGCCGAGCUGGGUGCUUGACAUCAUUUGCUUGGAGAAGCAGCUGCUAUUAGACCCAUUUUACAGGUGAGAGAACCAAGUCUCACAGAGGCCUGGGUUCAAGUCCCACCUCUCCCACUAACUGGCAUGUGACCCUAUCUAUCCUUCACUGCUCUGAUCCUAGACCCUGGCCCCUGCCUGGCUCCCUGCCACCCCUCACGGCCUCUGAUGGUCAUUGUGGGGGUCUCUGCCUGGCUCCCAGGGCUAGGGUUAGGGCUCUGGAGGUGCUUUCACUCAACCACGGGGGCCAUGGUACUGGGGAGUGAAACAGCCCCGCCUCAGCCUGCAUUGCCCUCUGGGUCUGUGAGGGCGGGCUGGCAGGAGGCCUAGGCCCUGCCCCAGGGGCAGUCCUGCUUCCUCAUUUUAUAGGUAGGGAAACUGAGGCUUUGAGAGGACUCACUGACGUGCCUACCUUCAAGAUGAGUUCAGGUGGGCUUAGUUCUGGGGCUUGGGGAAAGGGUGGCUUUGGGAAGCACCCCCAGCCGAGGGUGAAACAUGCUGCUUCUCUUCCUGUGGUUCCAUCCGAAGGACUGUGGUGAGCCCUGUGCCUUCCGUGAAUAAAGAUUUUUAUUGUGAAAA